AUGUCUCAUUCCACCUCCAACCCCGCGCUCCCAUACACACCAAUGAGUGAAGACGACUGGGAUACAAUUUACAUAUCGAUCAUAUUCGCAGUCCUGUUUCUUUCAUUUAUUUGGAUGAGCGUGUACCUCCUGUGCGGCCGAUCAAAGCCGCGCAAUCAGAAAAACAAAAAGACCCCAGAGCCAACAACAUUGAAGCGAAAGACUUCAGAGCCAGGAACUCCAAGCACCAUGGAGUCGGACUAUCCGCCUGGCAUCCAGAUUGACAAAGUUAUUAACGGCUGGAAUAAACGGGAUAGUGCCAAAUAA